GCUGCCACUCUUGUCUGAACAAAAAAUGAAGAAACAUACCAUUCUGUUAAUUGUUAGCCUUCUUUUAGGCUUUUGUGGUGAAUUUUUGAACUCAUGUAAAAUCCCAGAAGCAUUUGGUGGUGCACGGGCUUCAGGCAAUAUCAUAAUUGGUGGACUUUUUCCAGUUCACCAAACAGUGGAUGAUUUAGAAUUUAGACAUGAGCCAGUUUUACUGCAAUGCAAAGGAUUUGAUAUACGGGCAUUUAUCUGGGCACAGUCAAUGGUGUACUCAAUAGAAAUGAUCAACAAUUCAACUGCUCUGCUUCCAGAUAUCAAACUUGGAUAUGAAAUAUAUGACACCUGUGAUGACGCUACUUUUGCAGUGGAAGGUGUUAUGAGAUUUCUCAGUGGAACUAAAUCCCAUGAAAACAGUGUGCCUGUGGAGUGCGACUACAAAAAUCUUGACUCUUUAGUAAAAGCUGUAGUGGGAGAAGCCUAUUCAGAAAUAUCUACUGUUAUUGCACGUAUUCUUAAUCUGUAUCUUGUACCACAGGUUAGCUUUGCUUCUACAAGUGAAAUUCUGAGUGACAAACUAAAGUUCGGCUCAUUUCUACGGAGUGUUCCAAAUGAUUACCAUCAGGCCAAUGCCAUGGUACUUUUGGUGCAACAUUUCAAAUGGACUAGUGUUGGCAUAAUUACCAGUGAUGAUGAAUAUGGAAAAACCGGAACUGGAACAUUUAUUUCAAUUGCUACAAAGAGUGGUAUAUGCAUCGCUUUUCAAAGCACAAUCCCAACAUAUUUGCCCUUUACAGAAACAGGCAAUAUAAUAAAAGACAUAGUAGCAACUGCUAAAGAGUCUACUGCAGAAGCCAUUGUUAUUUUUACAAAGGAAGCCAUUGUUCUUCGUGUGCUAGAAGAAAUCGUAAGACAAAAUGUUAGCAGGACAUGGAUUGCUUCUGAGAGCUGGUCCACUUCAACACUUUUAGUAGGAAUGCCAAGCAUACAAAAAAUAGGUAAAGUAGUAGGGAUUUCUCUAAAAAAGGGAAGGAUUCCUGGCUUCAAAGAAUACUUACAAAGGCUGCAACCCAGUCCUGCUUCUCCAAACUGUUUUCUAGAAGAAUAUUUAUACUUAAAUAAACAGUGCUGGUCAGAAGAAUUACAGCAAACUAAUUUCACAUUUUCCAGCAGCUGCAACUUUCCACCCCCUGAAAGGAAUGUGACAUGUUCUGAUGAUAUUCUUCUUGAAAGAAAUAUUGAUUUAGAAGUGACAUACAGUGUAUACUUGGCAGUCAGUGCAAUAGCUCAAGCUCUACAUCAGCUCCUCCAGUGUGAAAAUGGAACAUGCAACAAGAAUAUGGACUUCCCAGCAUGGCAGUUGCUUGCAUACCUGAAGAAGGUAAACUUUACAGUUGAUGGACAUAAUUUCUUCUUUGAUGACAAAGGAGAUUUCAAUACUGGUUAUGAUAUAGUCGAAUGGGACAUAAAGGAUGAAGUUGUUAAAGUCAACAUUGUAGGACAAUACAUUUUGACGGAUAACACAAUUGUAAUAAAAAGCACUACCUUAUCGGAAAAUAAAGAGGUAACAUUCUAUAAUUGUUUAAAAGCAUGUGGACCUGGAUUCAGAAAGAAAAAAUCUGUUGAACGGGCAUGUUGCUCUGUUUGUGAAAAAUGUGCAGAGAACUCAUUUUCCCAAGGAAAUGAAACAUCGGACUGUACUCCAUGUCAAAAAUAUGAAUGGGCUCCUGAAGGAAGCAGUAGCUGCAGAAACAAAACAAUUGAAUACUUUAAGUGGAGUGAUGGAUUUGCUAUUGCAUUGGCAGUGUUAGCUGUUUUAGGAAUUGCUGUCCUGAUAAUUGUUGCGGGACUGUUUUCCUGGAACUUUAACACACCCGCUGUUCGCAGUGCUGGAGGGCCACUUUGUUAUUUGAUGUUUUUCUCUCUUCUGGCAAGUUUCUGCAGUGUUGCAGUUUUCAUUGGACAUCCCACAGAUUAUACAUGCAAAAUCAGGCAACCACUUUUUGGUAUUAGUUUUGUAAUCUGUUUUUCAACUGUUUUAGUUAAUAUAUUUAACAUUUUCAUUGCCUUUUCAUUAGACUUUUUAAAUGUAAAUCGGCUAAUGAAACUCAAACCAGUCCUGAUUAUUGGAGGAUGCACCGCUUUGCAGGUGUUAAUUUGUACAGUGUGGUUUAUAUUCAAACCUCCAACCUAUUUUACAAAUGAUGAUGUUUUAAAGAGAGAGAUUUUGUUAGAAUGUAAUGAAGGUUCUUAUGUUGCAUUUGGAGUAAUGUUAGGCUAUAUAGCUUUUCUUGCGUUUAUAUGUUUCUUGUUCACCUUUAAAGGAAGAAAGCUGCCAGAUUUAUACCAAAAUGCAAAGUUUAUAUCUGUAAGCAUGUUGAUUUACCUGACAGUUUGGGCUUGUUUUGUUCCAGUCUAUGUCACUACCAUUGGCAAAUAUCUACCAGCAGUUGAAAUAGUUGCAAUUCUGGCAUCAAACUAUGGCAUGUUAUGCUGCCAUUUUUUCCCAAAAUGUUACAUAAUAUUGUUUAGAAAGGCAAUCAAUAAUUUAGAAGCAUACCAGAAAUAUAUAGAGAACCAUAAUAUAAAACAAAUAAGCUUGAGAAUUAAUUCUUAAGCAGUCAAAAAUUAAACAUUUAAUAAGACAACUAGAUCUUGAUUAUAAUGACUAGCUUAUAAUGAAUCUACACAGAAUGAGCAAUAAACUCAACAUAGCAUGACAUUUAAUUAACUACAGAUGUAUGUUUAAUGUAUAGGUAAAGAUUUUAGUUGAUAAGCAGGUUUGUGCCAGCAGUAGUGAGUGGGUACACCAGUUUUUGGUGUAAAAUUAUAGUGAAUUGUUUUUCUACUGUUAUGGUAGGAAUAAAAUUAAAGAUGACUCCCAGCCAGAAAAUAUUCAUGUAUUUUAAGGCCCACAUUAUAUUAUAUACUGCUACACGUCUGCUAAAUUUACUUAUGACUCAGUUUACUUGAACACAUUGCAGUUGCAGUGGUCUUUUAAUGCAGGAAAUAAAAAAGUUAUGCAGUACUAAUGUUUUCUUUUAUAAUGGGCUAGGUGGUUUAUUUGUUUUCCAUUAAUGACAUAAAAGCAUCUUUUGUGUACCUGUGAGAAUGGUACAUCUAUGAACAAUUGCCAUUUGAUCCUGUUCCAAGUAUAAAUGGAUCAGUGAGGAAUGAACUUUCUAAAAACAGUCAGCUGUGAAACACUCUUAACGUUAUAACCUUAUCCCUGACCCACAGAGAAAAUCUAUACAUCUGGUAAGUUUUAUCAACAAAGUGAUUACAGUUUGGAUAGCAGAAGUUCAACAUAUUCAGAAUUUGUUUAUAUUGGAUACAAAUUCAAUAAGCAACAUAUCAUCAGACCACUGUGUUGACAUGGAUGGAUAUGUUGAAACAUAAAAGUGAAAUACGCACUACAACAAAUUUCAAAAAUGUUUCCCAGCCAUGUCUGCUGUAAUUGUGUAGGAAUGACUACCUUUAAAUAAUGAGAACUGCAUUGUUACUUCACUCACACUUUACACUGAUUAAGUUCACAUGGAAGAAAAAUUACAUGCUGUUUUGCUUUAUAUACAAGUAAAUAAGUUAAUUAUGCAACCACAUCUUGAAGCAAAAGACAGCUGAGAUGUAGAGACUCAUAAUAUGAUCUUAUCAGACUUACAUUAUACCAAAGUUUUGCAUGGAUAUGUGCUCUCAUGUUCUGCCCUAUGCUCAGCAUAUAGAAAAUUUCCAACUGUAACACAAAAAAGAAAAGAAAAUAAUGACUACACAAGCUAUUUCAAUCUCCAUUUUACAUAAAUGGACAGUCGCUUGCUGCCCCCCACCCCCACCAAACAGCCUGCAUCUGAUUGCCUGCCAGGAAUAAAAAAAAUGCAGCUUACUUCACUAGUCCAGCUGCUCUUUUGCAAUCCUUCCCUUUUUGAUUCCACAUGCUUUCUGCUCCUUGCUGAUGCUGUACCAUGAUUUGUGGGAUGGCAAUGGAAGAGACAGACCACAAAAUGCUUGACCACUUGCAUGGACCUCUCUCAUAGUGUACCGCAAGCUGUUGCUGCUUGUUUAUUUAUGUUUUAAAUAUUAUUUCUAAAUACGGUAUUUCUUUACUUGCUAAAACAGUUAAAUGGCCGAUGGCACUAACAGCAACACAUGCAGUGCUCAAUUUCUGCACUUGGUGACGAGCCCCCUUUAGUUGUAGGCUGUGGGCAGCAGCCCAUAUUACCCUAUUAAAAUCUACCACUGGAUAUGAAUCUUCAUACAGUAUAUGAGUAAAUACUUGUUUAUUCAUUUAGGGGUUCUCCGUGGUGCAUAAAGUAGAGAAAUAGCUAUGAAGGAAAUCCCAGUACUUCACAGGGUGUAUACAUAUAAACACAUAUCAGUGUGCAUGCUCAUGGUCGUGCACAUACACACAUACAUACACAUGCACACACUCACAUCUGUGGACAAGUUGGAUGAUGGUCGGUUCACAUACACAAGUCCUUGGGAUGUGGAAGGAAACUGGAUCACCUUGCAAAAACUCAUGUGGGCAUUUGUAAGAUAUUCAGACUCCACAUAUGGUUCACAGCAUUUCUGCACUUUUGGAAUACAUAUCAAGAGGAAAAUAAACUAAUUUGAUUAUUAAAUAAAAAAAUGAUUAGUCAUAUUAUGAUACCAUGUAAAUAUAUGUUCACUGUUGCAGUAUUUUUUAAAUAAAUAAGUUGAAUUUUUAAAAAA